UCCAUACGAGCCCCAUCCCACCACCACCGCCGUCUCUUCCGCCCGAAGGAAACUGCAUCCCCAGUAAUCAGCAAGCGCAUUUAAACGGAUAUAUACAUGUGAACCUGAGCGGCGCUCUCUAUCUAUCUAUUUAUCCCAUCGUCAUCCCCGUAGAUUUCCCAACCCACAACUUGGAGGCGGCGGCGAUGGGGAAGCUGGCAAGGCUCGUCGACGGCAUCAAGACGAGGCUGAUCAGGAAGAAGCAGGGGGGGGAUCAGGAGGAGGCGUCGGCGGCGUGCUACGACAAGGUGGGCAAGACGGAGAGCAUGCGGGUGGAGAUCAGGAGCCGCCGCGCGCAGGAGCUCAUCGCCAAGAACCUCGCCGCCGCCGACUCCAUCAGCCACGGCGGCGCCAAGAAGGCCAAGAAGCGCUUCUUCGCCUUCUGACCCACCGGAAUCGGAACCUCCGUCUCUCCAUCGAUGUAUCCUUGUGGCAAGCAAGACCGAUCAAUCCCCGGUCUUGUCUCCCCCGUGUCGUGUGAUGAUUCAUUAGUUGCUCGAUUAGCUCCCUGCCUGCAGUUGAUCAUCAUGUACUGCAAAUAUGACUAUCUCCUCUAAGAUUAAGAUGUAAUCCAUGCAUGUGCUGUUCUCUGAGCUCUGACAUAUAUCUGUAUGUUGUUCGCCUUCA